UCGCUCGCACCAAAUCUACCGAAAACAUCGCAACCUCCGUCACCGCCUUGAGCAAAAACGUCUCUUCCGUCACCGUCCUGCAUUAUCAUCCGUUAUCCGAGCAUUAUCACGGAACGAGAACGUCGAGAGGAGCGAGAAAAGAGGCGAGAAGAGGCGAGGAGGAGUGCGCACGCCCCGCAACCUCCGCCAUAUUGGAUCCCGGCGUUGCACACGGCACUCAAGGUGAAUGUCGGGUCUGGGGGGCUCCGGUAGGGGAGUAGGUGAGGAGAGGCGGAGAGGAGGAGACCUCGGUACCCGCAUCACACGCUCCACGUCGCUGCUGCCAACGCCAUCAGAACCCGCCACGUCGGUCGAAGCUCUUGCCGAUACUGCUGCUGCCGCCGUCGUAGCUGCCUCUGCUGUUACGGUCGUCGUCGCUGUUUCUACUGCUGCCGUUGCCGAUUUCGUCGCUGCUUCCGUCGCCGCCGCGUCUGCUGUGCGCUGUGACCAGGUGAACCCAGGCAGCGCGUCGCCCGUGUCACGCUCCGGUGACUUUUCAGAUGGCGAAAGCGGCGAAGUCGUGGCGCAUCGUGGUACUGCUGGUGCUGCUGCUGUCUCUCGCCGUCGUCUCGUCGCCCAGCCCUCCGCCAAGGCCGUGCCCCACACCCUCUCCCGCGGGCACUCCGGCUGAGCGCCAGGCCGCCCUCGAGAACCCACACCUGAGGGAGCUCUUCCGCAGGUACGGCCAGGGGGACGUCCUCACCCCCGAGGGCCUGCACAAGCUCCUACUCAGCCUCGGCCUCCAGUUCGAGGACGACAACGACCACCUCCAUCACACACACGACCACCAGAACCUCCCCGACGACCCCCUCGGCUUAUCGACGACGAGGAAGGACGACCCGGAGGAGGAGGACCACUUCCACGACGACCACCACCACGCACACGAUGACCACGUGACCCACGACUAUAGCCCGGACGACCACAACCGGAGGCAGAAGGACCACCAGGCGGAUAGCGACGGCCGCAACCACGGCGAUGAGCCCAAACUAGACGGCAGCGCGGACGACCCGUACUCCACCGUCGUCGUCGUCGACCACCCGCGCAGCAACCACCUCGGCGACCCGCACGACCUCCUCGGCGGCCACAUCGACGACCGCUUCCACGACGACCAUCGCCACUCCGAGGACGGCCAUCUAGACACCAACCACCAUCGGGACGGUCACGCGGCGCCGAACGACUCUCUCUCGCGCCGGUCGUCCCCGCCAAGGUCCGUGCACGAGAGCGACGCCACGGGUUUAGCCGCCAGAGGUCAUGCCAGGUCAAGGCGGAGCGGGACACCACGCGACCAAGGCACUGCUAACGCCACGAGUGACCCGCAAGCAUCGCCGCGUGUCAAUUCUUCUGCGCUUGCACCCUCGACGCUCCAGCCUCCUGCCCCGUCUGCCGCUGCAACAGCUGAUCCUCUAACUAUUACUACGAUUACCACGCGAUCUCCAGCUUCCCCCAAGACAACUGGAUUGGUGCAAUCACCAGCAUGGUCGUCAUCGGCUUGGUGGGCCUUGCGUGCAUCAUGUUGAUCCCAGCCCUGAAGAGGAGUCAGUAUUAUGACCAGGUUAACCACUUCCUCCUCGCCCUGGCUGUCGGGACCCUGGCUGGAGACGCCUUGAUUCACCUUCUGCCACACGCCAUCAGCAUGGAAGCACCCCAAGGUAGCAACCCUACCCUCCUGCAUUCCUUCUACGGCUUCACUGCCCUUGGCGGCAUCGUUAUCUUUCUGUUCCUGGAGCGCUGUCACAACCUCUUCUGUGGGCAUGGUCAUGGCCAUGGGCACAGCCAUGGCUUGGGGCUUGAUAUCAGCAAGAGUAAAGAGGACAUAGACAAAGAAACAGUUGGUACAACGACAACUCUUGAAGACUCGGCCAGUCAGAUAACAGACAAAAUUGGAGAGAAGUUAUCAAAACAUUCCAAACACAAUUCCUUUAUCUAUGCAGAAAGCACCAUGACACUUGAAGCCCAGAACUGUUUUGAGGGUUGCAGCUCAAAUGUAAGUCCUAGUAGUGACGCCAAUGGAAACAAUGGUCCGAACAGAAGCCGAUUUGGAGACGACCAGCAGCCAACCCUACCUGAGAAACAGGGCCUGGUCUCAUCAGGUGAUAGGGACUCUGAGGUAGCAUCCAUUGACAAACAUGUGGCAAUGUGUGCAGAGAAGGAGAAGUUAGCCUGCAGUGCAUCAGAGAAGGAGAGCUUGGUCACGACACCAGCUGACAAGUCAGAGAUAGGAAGAGAACUUUCCCUGAUUCUGGACACUCCAUCAUCUGGGAGGCCAAAAGUCCUUCGACAAAACAGCUCCAGCUUCAACAUGGUCUUACAGGAGUACCAUGUGGGCCAUCAUGGUCAUUCCCACCAUGGCCAUUCUCAUGUGACAGGUCGCAAGGAUUCUCUCCGAGCCAUGAUUCUGGUAGGCGAUGCUAUGCACACGUUCCUGGAUGGCAUGGCAAUUGGGGCAGCUUUCGGAACUAGCGUGACAGGGGGUGUGGCAACCUCCAUUGCCGUUUUGUGCCAUGAACUGCCACAUAAAGUUGGGGACUUUGCACUCCUCUUUGAGAUGGGAAUGCACUUGCAACAAGCGGUAAAAAUGAUGGCCCUGCUGUGGGUGCUGAGCUUGGCUGGUCUUCUUCUGGGUGUUAUGCUCGGUUCCAUCCCAACUGCGUCACCUUGGAUCUAUUCUUUCACGGCUGGAGUAUUUAUCUACCUGGCGCUUGUGGAUCUGCUUUCAGAGUUAUCAGUGCAGCGAGGGGAAAAGUUUGGUGUUGCAGGCCAGUUGCUCCUCCAAGGACUAGGCAUGCUCACAGGUGCCGUCAUCAUGCUCAUCAUCGCCAUCUACGAGCAUGACUUGGAGGACCUUCUCAGGGGCUCCUUUUAAAGGCACACUACAGUUAUGCAGCUAGUGUGGUGCAUAAACAUCGCAUGAUGCAUCUUCCACAAAAGUUUUUUGGAAUAAGGAAAAGGUCUUACUUUAUGUUCUUUGCUUUUAUGAGUGGUUAUACUGGCAUUGGCAAAUGUGCUUGUGAGGUGUGAUAUUUAUUGAUAAACUCACAGCGUUCAGAUGGAUGUUUUGUGUGGUGAAGUUUGCUUGGAGAUUGUCUAAGCUUUCAAAUAUAACAAUAGUAAGUGUACAAUAAACACUCAACAGAUGGAAGGC